AUGGCGGAAGCGCCCACGAACAUACCGAUGGAGUCGCAUAUGCACUGGGAGCACGAAAUGCAAUUGCCUCAAGCCCUGUUUGUGAAUCAUCCAAGCGUGCCGGUUCCGGACGACUUUUCGGACACCGACGGAGUCAACCUGGAGUUCGCAGAGUUCAUUGCGGUGGAUCGGGUUCGCUGCCUCUGUGAAGAAGAGAUGUCCAAGCUUUGUGGACAGGUCUUCUCGGAUCGUCUUGCAUCGUCAGAGUCUUCUGAGAGCGGCCCACCAGUUCAGCGAUGCAGCAUGAAGUUCGAUUCGGGUAGUGCGGGAAGUGAUGACGCAGACGGACGUCCUGGCGAGCUUCGCCAGUUCCACCUGUCCUCCUUCACACGCACCGCCCGAGUCAACUUGCAAGGACCGCUGGAGACAUCCGACAGCAUGCGGGGAAGUCGUUGGUGUGCGCCAAAGGGAUCACAAGACACCAUCUGGGACUUUGCCAGCGACACCGAAACCUCUCCAAAGCCAGCGGGCUUCUUCGCAGGUGUCUUCGCGAUCUUCGGCAAAACUCGCAAGCUUCAUGGGCUUCAAUCCCACCCCCGAGCUGGACCAAAGAAGGCUCCGCGCAUGAAGAAUUGGAUGUGCUUUGCAUGCCGGCCUUGCUCAAAACCUUAU